CUUAACUGUUCGACCUGUCAAUUUUGUUCCUUUGAACCAGGUAAAAUUACUCUGAAAUCAGAGAACGUAUAUAAUAUACGUUCUCAGCUGAAAUUACCUGGCUGACGGUGCUACCAAAUUAAAAUAUUUUAAUUUACACACAAUUUCUUAAGAACAUAUGUCGCGAUAAUUCGAUAGCAAUUGUACGCAAUUAUCUGUAGCCAUGUUCGAAAGGACUGCCGCAGAAAAUCAACAUAUAACAAUAUUUAUUGGGAUAUUUCGAUUUUAACGAAAUUAAGAAAUAAAUGGGUUGUUUAAUGCGAAAUUUUAUAUGCAUGUUAAAAAUGAAAACUGUUUAAUAAUGUUCAAUAGACUUCAAACAAAUUUUAAAAAUUGUCAACAUGAACCCUUAAAAAAGUAAACAAUUUUCAUUAUUAUUUUAGUAAUAAUAAAUGUAAUACAACGAAUGAACACUUAGCACCGAAAGUAGAAUCACAACAUAUAUUUAGAAAAAGGAUAAUAAUAACGAUAAAAUAUUGAAGGACAACGCAUGGAUUAUUAUAUUUACGAUCCAAAAACGGACGAUUUUACCAACAAGUCGGUUAUAAUGACACGAAGCAUUAAUAGCAAAGCAUUAUUAGCACAGAAUUCAAAGCAACGAAUUCCGGUGAAGAAUAUUCGAUAUUUUUUGUGGCCUUUUGUCUUCGGGGUAAAUCUGUACGAUUUCCUGGGUCUAUGUCAUCUUGUUCCAACACAUAGUCUUCAUCUAUCACGUCCGUAUUUGAUGAGCACCUCACCUUUUCAGGUUUUCCAUAAAAAGCAGUCACACGAAUAUGACUUACCAAUGAUUUCGAACUGAUAGAGAAUACGAUUUUACUUAUAAAUUAAUAUUUUAGCUAAUUUAUGUUUGUGGCGCAAAUUGUUAUUUGUUGUGAUAUAGAAUAUAAUGCUAAUUUCAGUGUACCAGAUGUAAUAAAUAUAAAAAAUAUUUCCCCUUAA